AGCAUAGCUUCUAGAGAUGGAGGAGUAAAGGAGGAAGAAGUAGAAUUCUAGCCAAGCAAAUCUUAGGUGACGGGCGACUGGCUCUGGUGUUGUGAUCCUGGAUCGAACACCGGUUGGAGAGAGAAUGCUCGAAAACAAGAGGGAAAGGUUGAAAACCUUCUUAAGGAAGAUAGACGAGAAAGCCAUAUUCAAACUCAAGCAUUUCAUGAAGGAGAGCACUGUGCUGUGCUCUGGGGGUGAGCACUGUGCUGUGCUGUGCUGUGCUGUGGGGGUUCUGGGCUGCGCUAUGCUGUGGGUGCUGGGCCCUGUCAUUAGCGUGUUAAUGACUCCCCCUGCAGCCACUGGCCCUGAAGGCGACCCGCAGUUCAAGGUAGAUGGUUCUGGUGUGAUGUGCAGGGAGAUGGCUCAGGUAGAUGGCUCAGGUGUGAUGUACUGGUGUGAUGUACAGGUAGAUGGUUCUGGUGUGAUGUGCAGGGAGAUGGCUCAGGGGGGCCCCAUCCCCAGUGGGAAGGUGAGGAAGGGCAAGUCGUCCAAGAAGAAGGCGGAGCCCCGCAAAGCCCUGAGUCUGGAGGAGUCUCAGCUCGAGAGCCUUCAGCCCAGCCACAGCCCCAGGCUACCCCCCAUCAGGUCUCAGACGUUUGACAGUGAUCGAUCAUUUGAGAGGACCGACAGUAUUGGCUCCAGAAGUAGUUUUAUUAAGCACAACAAGACAUUCCACAAGAUCUUCCCUGAUCUACCUGCCUCUGAAGACCUCCUCCACGCGUACAUCUGUGCGCUGCAGAAAGAGGUUCCGUAUCACGGCCGUCUUUACAUCUCUGAGAACCACAUCUGCUUCCAUUCCUCUGUGCUGCUCAAAGCCACCAAGGUGGUUAUUCCUGUAUCCGGUGUAACUGUGCUGAAGAAGCAGAACAUGGCACACACACACACCAAAUGCCUUGUCCACAAUGCACUACUGAGGGGGGAGAAGUUUUUAUUUGUGUCUUUGCGGAACCGAGAAGGAUGCUAUAAGCUCCUACGCUCCGUUUGCCUUCAGUUGGAGGAUGGCAGCACCAACAGCAGCCCCCUCUUCUCCUCAGCAGAGAACAGCUUUGACCAGGGCAAACUGGCGAACUCCAGCCAGUCCAGUCUGAGUCUGGAGGAGAGUUUUGACCAGCUGGACGCAGGAGACACCACACUGCUGCUAGACCCUCCCCCUACUCGCCUGAGCCGAGGUGGGUGUACACACACACGCACGCAGGCACGCACGCACACACAAACAAUAAGAGAUAUUCUCUCACACACACAAACACAAGCUCACCUACUCAAAGAGAGGAAUAAGUGGUGUUGUCCGCCUGAAGGCCACUCUGUGCAUCAGGCAAUGCUCAAGGUUGUUUUUAAUAGCUGCGCUUCACACAGUGAGCACGAUGACAGUAGCUCUAUAGAAGAAUACUCAGGUGGAGGUUCUUGGGUGUGGAAUGUGAUGGACAGAGCGCGCUCCCUCCUCGUGCAGCGGGAAUCCGGCAGCCUCAACACACUCCUCCUCAUCUACCUGAUUCUGGUGGUCCUGCUUCUCCUCUCUUCUGGCUCCAUUGGUCUGCGCAUCGUGGCCCUCGAGGAGCAGCUCACCUCCCUAGGAGCCUUGCCUGAGUUCACACUGCAAAGCAGCAGGUAUAAGGACACAUAGCGGCCGUCUGCCGGAGAGACGAGACGGGCUGAUCGGUGACACUGAGGGCAUGACGGGGUGGCGGCUGGCCAGAGCUCUGUCCCAAAGAGAAGCACCAAGUCCGCUCGGACGCAACAGCCAGACGCCGGAAGCCCCUCUGCCCACCUUACCACCCCCCCCACCUCCCCUGGAGUCAGAUCCUCCCCCCACACACACACACACACACUGGACUCUGCACUCUGCAGGCUUGCCAGCCUCGCACACACACACACACACACACACACACACACACACACACACACACCGCUCCGCCUCGGCCCCUGCAGCCACAGGGUCGUGUCUCCACCCGUAGCAACCGUGGAGUCCGGCCCUGACCACCUCAUCUCCUGCUGCUGUGUGGAGAACAACCAAAGACCGCUGGCCUGCCCUGUCUCGGAGCGGGAAGAACGAACACAAGUGCACUAAAACAAAACGAAAACGAGAACGAGACGAAGCUUCCCACCAUUUCAAAAGCAGUUAUUCCACUUCCUCUUCCUCGCUGCGCGUUUCCUGUUCAGCCCACCUGUGCAGGAUGUGAUUGGGGGGGGGCCCAUCAGGGUCCAAUCAGGGUCCACUUCCUGUGGCCAGAUCAGAGCAGAGGGCCUCACUCAAGGUCUGCUGGGGUCACGUCAGAGCUGUCCUAGAGUGAAACGGUCUCAGCUUGGCUCGGCCCGCUACCAGGCUGGUUCUGUGCCAGACUGGACACCUCGGCGUGGGCCCCGGGCCUGUUCUGUUCUGUGUGGGGAGCUGUUGGGGGUGGGCACGGCUGACCACUGGGCGCCCGGCGGACUGGACUUAUCUGAUCUUUGUGCAGCUGUUCCCUCUGAACUCCUCUCUUGAUGAACGCUCCUCUCUAUCUCUUUCUCUCUCUCUCCCUCUUUCUCUCUAUCCCUCCCUCUUUCUCUCUAUCCCUCCCUCUCUAUCCCUUUCUCUCUCUAUCUCUCCCUCUCUUUCGCUCUCUAUCCAUCUCUCCCUCCCCCCACCCACUUUGCUUGCAGUAUUAUCUCCCUCCUGUAUCUGUGCUUCUCACAUGAUUGUGUGUGAAAGCCUUGAUGAUGAUGAUGAUGAUGUCGGCGAUGACGACGAUGAUGAUGAUGUUGAUGAUGAUCAGUGCUUUGAGGCCAAUCCUUGAGUAUUAGUGGAUGUAACUGCAUACUCUAUGCACAAACAAGUAUGAUCAGGUCUUUGCUUUUCUACAUGGGCUUUUUACUCAGUGUCCUUUAAUCAACAGUAGUUGUUUUUCUACGCGGCGCGCGUGCGUGUCUCUCAGCGUACGUACGCUGAAUAAUGACAACACUAGCACCAUGCCGCCUGCAUGUUCAAGGACACGAGCCGUCAGGGCUGGACGCAGAUGUUUGGGCCGAACCUGCUGUGGACGCCACCGCCACCCUCACGAGCACGCAGCAGCAGAGCCGCCCUGGGCCGAGUCGGUACCAGAACUUGGCCGGUUCUGCUGCCCCAUCGGGUGGAGCUCUCACUGGGCGUAGCAGCCUCUGGAACAACCGGUAAGCUCCUCUAAAAAACCUCCAGGUUCGGCCCAGUGAGAACUUGAAUCAUAUUUUAUACAAAGAACAAGAAAAAGACUUUCCAAUAUAUGCAUGGUUUUGUUGUGUGUUGUUUCUUAUGUAUGUAUGUAUGUAUGUAUGUGUGUAUGUAUGUUUAAUACCGCAAGGAGAUUGUUUGUUUGCUUGUUUGUUUGUUUGUUUCCUGGUUUGCCUGUAAGUUGAGAGUAAGUUGAGAGUAAAUUAUGUCGUUCAGCUGAACGAGCGCACUUUAGGCCUCGUGGAGUUCUGAGACCCAAACAGGAAGUGGCUUUUUGAUUGGAGGUGACUUAUCAGAUGGUGCUAACGUCGCUAGCUCUCAGGGCGGGGGGGCUAGGCCACCUGUGACUGACCGACCGACCGCCAGCCUGGCCAGCUGCACCUUACACAUUUCAUGUCUCGGGCUGGAUAGUUAUCGAUGAUUUAUCACGCACCUCCCCUCAACUCCUCGCCCCUGGACAGCCUUGUGGCCCCCAGAGGGAGUCGAAUGAUCUCCCUGUCUGCUUUCCAAAUUUUCUUUGGCGCUUGUUACGCAAAGAUCAACAGAAUUCUUUUUUUUUCCCCCUAAUGCAUGCAUGUGGACAAAUCUUUGUAUCUGUUUUAUUGUCCUUCAAAUUACCCGUUUGGAAUAUCUUAAAUAAUAUCAACUGAUGCUCAGAUGAACCCAUUGAUCCCAAAUUGCAGCGUAUUCUCUGGUACAUGGACUUCAUCCAUCUUCCUCCAGGGGGCAGUGUAGGUCAUAUGUCUGAUAACCACAAUGCAAGAAUCUAUCAUGUGUUUUUUUUUUUUUUUUUGCACUAUCCAUGUUUGUAAAUAAUUUGUUUUGUAUCAAACUCUAAUGUCAAUGACCUUCCUGCGUAUUUAUUGCAUUAUGUGUAAUUCAAAGUAGUCUCUGUGAGACUUGCUUUGGUAUUGUCGAAAAAUAAAUCAGAUGUUGGGGAAAGAUAA